AUGUCACGAAGCUAUGAGGGUGAUGAUCGCAAGAGGAGCGAACCACAUAUCCUGGUCGAAGCAGGUGCGGAUGCGGAUAAUGGACUCAACCCUCUGCAUGCGCUCAUCGGCGGCUGGACGGACAUGAAGGAGCAAUAUGCCAUCCUUGACGCCAUAUUAGAUCACUCUCGAGACGUCGCCGCGCUUUUGGAAAGCACCGACUCGCGCUCAGGCAAGCACACCCUUCACCUCACCGCCGCCAAGAACGAGGGACGGCUAAUCCGACAUUUGCUCGCUCGGCACCCGUCCCCAUCCAGGCUGGUGAACCUAGCAUCAGCUCUCGGUUUCGACGGGAAGACUCCACUGCAUGAGACAUGUUAUUUCAGGUACUCUCUCGCGGCCACUCCCUUCAUCGACUCCGGCGCCGAUGUGAACGCCGUCUCAUUGAAACCAAAACUAGCCCCCGUGCACAUAACGGCCUCGCACCAGUCUGACGCAUUCCACGGCUUCUUUGGCAUGGCGCAGAUCCAAAUGCCACAGAUGGCUGUGGCAAAACUGCGCUUCAUCUGGCAGCAGAGCAGGACUGGACGCAAGGAAUGGAGGUUGUACUGAGACAUGGAGGCGAAAUUGACGCGAUUGACGACUUGCAAGAGACUCCGCUAGAUACGACACUGAGG